AUGCUGCGCAAGCUCACCCUUGACCAAAUCAAUGAUUGGUUUACUAUCGGCAAGAUGGUGACCAACGUGGAGCUCCUCGGCUCGCCACCUGCCUUCCCUGCAGAGGCUGCCCGGGACGAGGCACAGCGCAGGGAUGUGGCCCCCAGCUCUGACCCCGAGGCUGAGGGCCAGGCUGAGGCUCCAGCUGAGGCUUCGGUCCUGGCCCAGGCCCAGGCCCAGGACCAAAACCAGGAGCAGGCUCCAGCCCAGGCCCAGGCCAUGCUGGCACUACCCUGGAGGCUCCUGGGCGAAAAGAGCGCAGAAACGGAGUAUGUUGACAAAUACAGACAACUUGAAGCACAAGAAUUUUAUCUGUAUUUCCUUGAUCACUUAAUCAGUGGGUCAGGUCCAAGGCCACCUUUAGCUAAAUCAAGCAAUGUGAUAUGCAUCCCACAGACAACCUAUAAGUAUCCUGAUUUGCCUAUAAGCCGAUGUAAAGAAGAGGUCAUUUCUAUGAUAGAAAGCAAUUCUGUGGUGAUCAUACACGGUGCCACAGGCAGUGGUAAGAGCACCCAGCUCCCGCAGUACAUCCUCGACCACUACCUGCAGCGCUCCGCCUACUGCAACAUCGUGGUCACCCAGCCGCGCAAGAUUGGGGCCAGCAGCAUCGCCCGCUGGAUCAGUAGGGAGCGUGGCUGGGUUUUGGGUGGAUUGGUGGGCUACCAGGUAGGGUUGGAAAAAAUAGCGACAGAAGACACCAAGUUAAUUUAUAUGACAACGGGAGUCCUGCUGCAGAAGAUAGUCAGUGCCAAGAGCUUGAUGGAGUUCACACACGUCUUCAUCGAUGAAGUACAUGAGCGAACUGAAGAAAUGGAUUUCCUGUUGUUAGUUGUCCGCAAACUUUUAAGAACAAAUUCACGUUUUGUGAAGGUUGUCCUCAUGUCAGCCACCAUCAACUGUAGAGAGUUUGCAGAUUACUUUGCUGUUCCUGUUCAGAACAAGAUGAACCCAGCUUAUGUUUUUGAAGUGGAAGGAAAACCCUUUUCAAUUGAGGAGUAUUACCUUAACGACUUGGAGCACAUUCAUCAUAGCAGGCUUUCUCCUCACCUCCUGGAGGAGCCAGUGAUAACCAAGGCUGUCUAUGAGGUUGCCGUCUCCUUGAUUCAGAUGUUCGAUGACUUGGACAUGAAGGAGAGUGGGGCCAAGACCCGGUCGGGCACCCUGUUUGUGUCAGAGCGAAGCAGUGUGCUGGUGUUUCUGCCGGGUCUGGGUGAAAUAAACUAUAUGCACGAACUUCUGACAAACAUGGUUCAUAAAAGGUUGCAGGUGUAUCCACUCCAUUCAAGUGUGACUUUGGAGGAGCAGAACAAUGUGUUUUUAAGUCCAGUGCCCGGGUACAGAAAGAUCAUUCUGUCCACCAACAUCGCAGAGAGUUCCGUCACGGUUCCAGACGUCAAGUACGUUAUAGAUUUUUGUUUGACCAGAACUCUGGUUUGUGAUGAAGACACGAAUUACCAGAGUCUGCGGCUGAGCUGGGCCUCUAAGACCAGCUGUGAGCAGAGGAAAGGCCGCGCUGGACGUGUGUCUAAAGGAUACUGUUACAGACUCGUGCAUAAGGAUUUCUGGGACAACUCCAUGCCCAGCCAUGUCAUCCCUGAGAUGCUGCGCUGUCCGUUAGGAAGCACGGUGCUGCGGGCGAAGCUACUCGGCAUGGGUGAGCCCAGGGCUCUGCUGGCCACGGCCCUCUCCCCGCCUAGCCUGAGCGACAUUGAGCGCACCGUCCUUCUGCUCAAGGAGGUGGGAGCGCUUGCGGUCAGUGGCCAGAGAGAAGAUGAAAACCCCCACGACGGUGAGCUGACCUUCCUAGGAAGAGUUCUCGCCCAGCUUCCUGUCAGUCAUCAGCUCGGCAAGCUCAUAGUGCUCGGACACGCGUUCGGGUGUCUAGAUGAGUGUCUUAUCAUCGCGGCAUCUCUUUCCUUGAAGAAUUUUUUUGCGAUGCCUUUUAGGCAACAUCUUGAUGGAUAUAGGAACAAAGUGAAUUUUGCUGGCAACAGUAGGAGUGACUGCAUUGCACUUGUUGAAGCCUUCAGAGCGUGGCAGACCUGCAGGCAGAGAGGGGAGCUGCGGCACCCGAAGGAUGAACUUGAGUGGGGACGGUUAAAUUACAUUCAGAUCAAGAGAAUCAGAGAGGUGGCUGAGUUGUAUGAAGAGCUGAAGACGAGGAUCUCACAGUUCAACAUGCAUGUUGAUUCCCGGCGGCCUGUCAUGGACCAGGAGUACACAUACAAGCAGAGAUUCAUCCUGCAGGUUGUGUUGGCAGGUGCCUUUUAUCCGAAUUACUUUACUUUCGGGCAGCCUGACGAAGAGAUAGCCAUGAGGGAGCUGGCGGGCAAAGACCCAAAGACGACCGUCAUGCUGAAGCAUAUCCCUCCCUAUGGAUUUCUCUACCACCAGCAGCUGCAGUCUCUCUUCAGACAGUGUGGCCAAGUCAAGUCCAUUGUGUUUGAUGGGGCAAAAGCCUUUGUGGAGUUUUCACGCAAUCCAACAGAGAGGUUUAGAACGCUCCCCGCCGUGUACAUGGCCAUCAAGAUGUCUCAGCUCAAAGUGUCCCUGGAGCUCAGUGUUCACUCCGCAGAGGAGAUUGAGGCGAAGGUGCAAGGAGGGGCCGUCUCCAAGCUCCGGAACACGCGGGUGAACGUGGACUUCCAGAAGCAGACAGUUGAUCCUAUGCAAGUCUCCUUUAACACGCUGGACAAAUCGCAGACCAUCACAGACCUCCUGCUAACGAUCGAAGUCACAGAGGUGGUUGAGGUGGGACACUUCUGGGGGUACAGGACCGAUGAGAAGAACUGGGAGUUUCUGAAGAGGCUGACCGCCGAGAUAAACCGCCUCACGCUGGUGCCCCUGCCUGUCCACCCCCACCCAGACCUGGUCUGCCUGGCUCCCUUUUCCGACAAUGAUAAGGAAAGCUACUUCAGAGCACAGAUCCUCUAUGUUUCCGGAAAUUCUGCCGAGGUGUUCUUCGUGGACUACGGGAACAGAGCGCGCGUGGCGCUGGGCGUCCUCAUGGAGAUCCCCUGCCAGCUUCUUGAGCUCCCCUUCCAGGCCCUGGAGUUCAAGAUCUGCAAGAUGCGCCCAUCGGCGCAGUGUCUGGUGUGUGGCGAGCGCUGGAGUGGCAGGGCCGGCCGGCGCUUCUCCUCCCUGGUCAGCGGCCGCACCCUGCUGGUGAAGGUCUUUUCCGUGGUGCACAAUGUCCUGCAUGUGGACGCCUACCUCCCCUUGGGGCUGCAAGACACGGUCAGCGUACGGGGCAUCCUCAUUGGGCAGGGCUACGCCGAGCCGGCCGAGGAGCCCUACGAGUCCAAGCAAAGCCACGAAGUUCUCAAGGGUCUCUUUUCCAAAUCAGUAGAAAACCUGACAGACAUGUCCAUGGUAUCUCCUGGGAAAGAAGACGAAAAGUACCUGAUCCGGAUUUUGUUAGAGAGCUUUUCUUCCAAUAAGCUGGGUAACCCGAACUGCAAGGCAGUACUUCAUGGGCCUUUUAACCCUUACGAACUGAAGUGUCAUAGUCUGACCAGAAUAUCCAAAUUCAGGUGCGUCUGGAUCGAGAAGGAAAGCAUCAACUCGGUCAUCAUCAGCGACAGCCCGGAGGAUGUGCACCAGCAGCUGCUGGUCGCCGCGUCCCUCUCGGUGAACACGACCGGGUCCACCAUGCUGCUGCGGGAGACCUCGCUGAUGCCGCACAUCCCAGGCCUCCCCGCGCUCCUCAGCAUGCUGUUCGCCCCCGUCAUGGAGCUCAGAGUUGAUCAAGAUGGCAAAUGCUAUACUGGCGUCCUGUGUGGCCUGGGGUGCAGUCUGACCACAGGGGCCCCAAUCCUGCCAGAGCAUGACAUGGAGCUUGCGUUUGACGUGCAGUUCAGCGUGGAGGAUGUCAUGGAGAUUAAUAUUCUCAGAGCUGCUGUCAACAAGCUAGUGUGUGAUGGACCGAAUGGAUCCAAGUGUCUUGGACCGGAAAGGAUCGCGCAGUUACAGGACAACAGUCGGCAGAAACUCUUAGGUCUGUUCUGCCAGUUGAAACCAAGAGAGAAGGUUGUUCCCAAGUGGCAUGAGAAGCCAUAUGAGUGGAAUCAGGUCGAUCCGAAGCUGGUGAUGGAGCAGGCAGACCGGGAGAGCAGCAGGGGCAAGAACACCUUCCUGUACCAGCUCCACAAGCUGAUCGUGCUCAGCUCCUAG